CUCACCCUUUCUGGAACUUAACUGAUGUUUGUCACAUUUUCACUUAUCCAGAGCAUGUAAGAGCUGGAAACAGAGUAGGAGAAUUGUUUAAGGACUCAUGGUUCAAGGAAUUGGAGAUAAUGUCUGUACCAGACUCAGAUGAUGACAGAACUUUUAAAGACUUGAACGUUGUGGGGAUGCUUCACAAGUUCUGGGAGCAGAAACAAGUGAAAGGCAUGAUGAUGGAGACAGAGAAUCUGGUACUCUAUGAGUCCAUUCCCUCACCCAGCCCUCCGUACAUGUGCUACGUCACCUUACCAGGUGGAAGCUGCUUUGGAAAUUUUAAGUGUUGCUACAGUAAAGCAGAGGCCAGACGUGAUGCAGCUCGAAUCGCUCUGAUGAACUCCACGUUUAAUGAGUUGCCCUGUCGCCGUAUCACUCCUGACUUCAUAGAAUGCAGCGUUAAAGAGGCCGUCGGCACCACCAGUGGCAACAUUGUAGAUGCCUCUGACCCCAGUACUAGUAUAGGAGCCUAUUGUCUCAUGCUGGAGCUGAACACUGGGAGAACCAUGCUGGAAUUUCAGGAAAUAAUGACAGUUUUUCAGCUUUUGCACUGGAAUGGGACCCUUAAGGCUUUUCGGGAGAUGAGAUGUAGCCGUCAGGAAGUGAUCGAUUACUAUUCACAACAGCGUCUGGAUGAGCGCACACGGAGCCACAUGGCUUUGGACUGGCUACAGAAGGAGCAUCAAUCCCCUGGUCUACUCUCCCAAGAGCUGCAGCUGGCCAUGAAGGAGCUGGGAGAGGCCCGGCGGGCCGGGAGGGAACUCCGCUUCUACAAGGAGAAGAAAGAAAUCCUGAGCUUGGCUCUCUAUCACGCUAAUGCCGAGGAUCUGGAGGGAUAUCACAGUGAGGAGGUGUCUUGGAGAGAAGACACUGAGUUUGAGUAUUACACUCAGGAGGGCCACUGUCUGGAGGAUUCUUCAAAACACUCCCACGUUCACUCUCAGGGCAGUAUGAGUGAUAGAGAAUCUGUAGAAUGAGUUGUUUAAGACAGGAUGUCUUAUGUGCUAUGGACAAAAUGUACAUACUUUACAGUAAAGUCUGUUUUUUAAGUCUUUCAUAUGUGAUCUCUUUUUCUAUGUGUUUUAGAAUUUGAGAUUAGGAGACAUUGUUUAUUUGUUGUCUUGGUCACAUUUGUAUCCACAAUUAAGUGCU